CUCCCGCCGCUUCCGGCCCCUGCCCCACGCCGUCCCCCCCGCUUCCGCCACGCCGCAACCAACGGGCCGGCAGCGCGGCGCAGAAAGCGCUCCGCCGGGAAACACAGAGCCUCGCCGCUGCUGCCGCUGUGCGCUGCGCUCGGUGAUGUUCCUUCAUCCUGAGACUUGGCAGGAUGGAGGCCAGGGAUGUGCCCAUCUCCGUCCCUGCUCUGGCCACGGAGCCACAGUUCGCCCAGCGCCUCAGGGAGAAAUUGGAAGGGGAGCAGCUCCUGGAUGGGCGUUACCGGCUACAGAAGGUGCAGGGUGGACGCGUGGCCCUGCCUGUACUGGAGGAGAAGCUCUCCCAGCUGUGGCUGCCCCGAGAGAUGCCCUGUGACCUGGUCCAGAUCCAGCAGCCUGUCCCUUCCAGGGCAGCCCGCCGGCAGACGCCUGCCCAGAAGCUGCGGAAUGAGCUGCGCCGGCUGCUGGGUGAGAACUGGUCAGAGGAGCUGGAGCGUGAUGUGCCCCAUGCCUGGCAGCGGCACGGAGACCUAGUCUUGUUGAGUGAGGACAGCUUCAGGGCUGCACUGUGGGAAAACCUGGGUCCGGCUCUAUGGGAGACAGUUGCCUCGGCUUUGGGUGCCCAGCGGCUGGCCAGGCAAGGACGAGUAUUGCCAGAUGGGAUGCGGUCCCCCAGUGUCACCCUGCUGCUGGGCCAGGACGGUUGGGUGGAGCACAUGGACAAUGGGAUCAGGUAUAUGUUUGACGUGACCAAGUGCAUGUUCUCAGCGGGCAACAUCACAGAGAAGUUGAGGGUGGCCUCACUGCCUUGCUCUGGGGAGGUCCUGGUAGAUCUCUAUGCAGGCAUUGGCUAUUUCACGCUGCCGUACCUGGUUCAUGCAGAGGCUGCCUUUGUCCAUGCCUGUGAGUGGAAUGGUCACGCCGUGGAGGCCCUGCGGAGGAACUUGGCUCUGAAUGGUGUGCAGGACCGCUGCCGUGUCUACCACGGGGACAGCCGACAGUUGGAGCUGCAGGACAUAGCAGACCGCGUGAACCUAGGGCUGAUUCCCAGCUCAGAGGAAGGCUGGCCAGUGGCCUGCCGUGUCCUGAAGAAGAGCACGGGUGGGGUUCUCCAUAUACACCACAAUGUGGAGAGUCAUCCUGUGCCAGCCCCACCACAGACCCCAGUCCUGCUGGCUGAGCACAGGUCUCCAGAGGCAGCAGACUCUGAUGGAGAGGCACAAGACCCAAUGGAGGAUGGUGGGAAGGAGACACUGGGAGCCAGGAUCAGACCUAAGUGGCAGAGGUGGGCUGAAGCCACAGCAGCACAGAUCCAGAAGCUGCUGGUAGAGCUGCAUGGACAGCUGUGGUGCACCAGGAUUCUGCACAUUGAGCCAGUGAAGUCCUAUGCGCCCCACGUCCAUCACCUUGUGCUGGACCUUGAGUGCCGGCCAGUGCCAUCCACCUAGCUGACCACAGGUGGCAGCAGUGCCCAGCAGUUGGAAAUCCCUCCAGGAGCCAUACCCUGACUGAGAACAAGGAGAACUGUGGCUGAAAGCAUCCCGAGUACUUCUGCCAGCACUGUCUGUCACUGCCCAGAUCCUGAGCACAUGGUGGCAGUUUUAGCCCUAUUUUCACACAGGAGAGAGCCAUAGGACUGAAUAAACCUCAGAUUCCUGCCAGGCUUCCUUUCAGCCAGUCAGGAACAGGCUAUGUGCUUUUAUUAUUUUGCUGGAAACAUCUGUUGAACUUCUCCAGUUAAAAUACAACCACUGGUGCAAGUGUCGGAGUCUGGCCUGGGGGUGCCAGGUCCCAGGGUGGUGCAUGGAGCAUCUCGAGGAACAAAGCCUUUGCCUGGGUCCUCUGCUUUCAGUUCUGCCUGUUGAGCCCAAAUUCCCAUUGCCUGAGCACCAUGCAUGUACCCCUGUUGCAGAGAAAGCCCUGCCCAGGAGAGAGCUGCCAGUUGGCCCUUUGGUGCCCCAAAUCCCCGUGGGUUGUCCCUGUACAGGUAUCUAGUCUUCUCCCCUGGGAACCUCUGGCUCUGCCCUGUCCUGGGGUGAAACCUGGGGCGAAACCUGGGGCGCAGCCAAAAGUGUGGGCAGAGCUGCACCCUCGUGUUUGCUUUGGGGCUGUUCCAAGCUGACAUCCCAUGUGGCUUCGCCAUCCUGCAUGGCAAGUAGUUGCUUCCCCACAGCUGUGAGCCCCACACCUCCUGCCACCUCCCAUCUCUCCUCCCCACACCUGUGAGCCCCACGUCUUAUCCUUAUCCUGCUCUGUGUGUUCCCGGUUUCCCGUUGCCUCUGCGGCUGCCCCGCCGGGACCGUAUCUCUGUCCGUGACGGACAAAGGCAGUGGCUGGAGCCUUGCAAGUGGGGCCGUCUUCUGCUGCGGGCACAGUGUGGCCGUGCUGCCUGAGGCCUGGUCCCUCGCCUGCUGCCGUGAGGGGCACCCUAGGAGGGCACCCAGCAGCGCGGGGGUGCAGCCUUUGAGCUGCCGCCCGUGUGUGCUUUGGGAGGAGCUUCUUACCCGGCUAGGUCUGUGGGGAGCGGGAACGCAGUCCGGGCACUGCCUGGCCGCGCCGUUGAGAGAGCAGCCGUCAGGGCUGACUGUCCCCGGCAGACCGGGAGCUUCGGGCAGGGCUGUGCCCGAGGAAGGGGCCGCUGUCCGCUGCAGCGCGGGGACCGAACAGACCGGGAAUCGCCUCCCUCCCCGUCGGUGCCACUGGCGUGCCGGCUGCGGGCCCUUUAAGGAGGCGGCACCGUCCCGACCCGUCCAUCCCGUCCCCCACCCCCACUCUGCUGCUGCCGGGAGGUGCCGGCCGGAGCCGCGGCAGGUACUGGGAGGGCCGACGGCCGCCCAAGGCGCCUGAAGAACGAGCUGCUGGAGAUUCGGCGCAAGGGAGCCAAGAGGGGCAGCCAGCGCUACAGCGAGCGGACCUGCGCCCGCUGCCAGCAGAGUCUGAGCCGCAUCAGCCCCAAAGCCAACACCUGCCGGGGCUGCAAC